AUGGGAAUAUAUUCUUUUGUUAUUGCUGUUUUGCCGAAUGUUGAACAUAUUGGAGUUAGGGAUGUUUAUCAGUUUUCCGGUAACGAGUUUGUUCAGGGCUUGAGACUGAAAUUGGUGGUCUUAUUUCAGUUGCGCCCUAUAUUUGCAUGUCCAAUGCCUACUCAAGUGUGCCCUCAUUUAAAUGAAAGUUCGUUAUCGAUUUUCUACGAAAAAAGUGGAGAACAAAGAUUUUUGCUUAACGAACUUCUCCAAAACACACACUCAAGCAAUGCGCUAAAAAGGACACCAAGAAUGAUGAUAGGGAAAUAUAACUUUUGGAAAGUUGCAUGUUUUGGAAAAUUGCUACUAGAAGCCGUUAGCAAAGAAGCUAUGGCGGUUAUGGAGGACGGUUUAUAUUUAGUUGGAGCUGAUAUAGAUAAAGGUAGAAUUGAAUUGUUACCGAAGGAAGUCAAGGGUAAAGAUAUCACAGAACUAAUUCCUGCCGGCAGGGAGAGGCUGGUUUUAGUUCCAUCUGGUGGUGUUGGUGUUGCAGUUGCUGCUGGUGGUGUUGGUGUUGCAUGGAACUGGUGGCGGUACCGCACCUAA